AUGAUUCUGCGCGCACGCCCACCACCCCCUCCGGCCCUGUCCUCGUCAUCGUCCCCGCGCUCCUCGUCGGGCGAAGAGUUUGUAACUCCCCCUGACACGGGCGCGUCGAGCGACGAGGGCGGGCCAACGACGCCGCCGCCGCCACCACGACCUGCGCGACGGGGACGCCCGCCGCUGCCGGCACGCUUGGGGUCAGCGAGGCAACCUGCCUCGCGCACGGCCCCCGCUACCGGUGGUGUAGUGCGCCGCAUGCGAUGGACUCAAACCAUGAAUGAGAACUGCAUGCGCGCCUAUUAUGGGGCUACAGAAGGGGGAACCGUCCUGACUGCGUAUCGUGAUCGGAUCCUGCCUUUGUUUCAGAACCUUGAGCCGACCAUCACCGUUUCUGCACAACGACUGUCGGAUCAAGUGCGGGCUAUUCAACGGUGCAAGCUGUUGGACCAGUCUGUACUUGAUCGACUCCGCCUGGAGGCGAUGCCUGCUCGGACAACUCCCCUCUUGACGUCAGAGCCCCCUGCCUCGUCGUCGCCUACGGUGUCGUCAUCGACACCACAAGCGGCGAGGGUAGACUCUGGUGGUGAAGAGGAGGGUUUGCCGAGUAGUGUAAGUUACCAGGUGAGUGAGCGAUUGAGGAGGGCUUUGGAGGACACUAUUGGUCAGUAUCGGUUCACGUCAGAUUCAAGGCCUCGACUACCGCGUUUGCCCACUCAUAGACGUAAUUUGGCGUUAAUGGGAGCUCUGAAUGCAUUGCUAAUUCCGUAUAUGCGGACUAGCACAAAUUUAUUUGAUACCCACUCGAUCCUGUAUUGUGGUGCCAUUGCGGUUUGUCGUGUUGCUGGUGUCCAGUUCCCAGACUCGGACAGAGCAACGCGUCCUGCCGGAAUGGCACCCGCGUGGCAAAUACGGAUCGAGCGGCGUAUUAAUGCAUUCAGAACUCUCAUUGCAAAGCUAAUUUGUUUUAGACGGGGAAAUAAUCGUCCCCGAGUCAUGCGGUUUGUGGCGCAAGCCUUUGCUGGGACUGGCGUUCUACCUCAGGACUACAUGACUUGUGUCACAGAACGCAUUGACUACCUAAAGCAAAAAGUCUAUGCAUGGGCAAACCGUAUUCGUCGCUACAAAGAGCGCGUGAACAGAUACUGGCAAAAUCGUGUCUUCCAAAGUGACCAGAGGAAGGUGUACCGGAGAUGGGAGGGAGCUGAUCAACGUGUGAGCGACGGGCAGCUGCCAGAUGUCAAUACCAUGAUUGAUUUCUGGCGUGGCAUUUGGUCGAUGCCCGUUGAGCACACUGAGGGUGAUUGGAUGCGUGUAAUUGAGCGUGAAUGUGAGUCCAUCGAAUCCAUGGGGUCUAUUGUUAUAGAUCCCGAAGACGUUAGUAGUGCAAUCAGUACGGCCCAGAACUGGAAAAGCCCUGGGCCGGACGGAUUGCACAACUUUUGGAUUAAGUGGAUUCGAUGCUCACAUGACCGUUUAGCGACACAAUUCCAAGAAGCCCUCGAGCUCGGUUCCCUUCCAGCCUUCAUGACUACCGGUGUCACCACCUUGCUCUACAAAUCUGGUAGUACCAUGGACCCAAAAAACUACAGACCGAUUACAUGCUUGCCUACCAUCUACAAGCUCCUUACAUCUAUUCUGACCACAAAAAUUAAUACGCAUAUUGUCGCGAACAAUAUCUUGGCCCCUGCUCAGAAUGGAUGUAAGCUUGGGUCUCGUGGUACUAAAGAGCUCCUCCUCAUAGACAUGACCAUUAGCCAACAAGUUCGACGGAGCAGGAAAGCUCUCUCUGCUGCCUGGAUUGACUAUAAGAAGGCCUAUGAUUCGGUGCCUCAUUCAUGGCUAGAGAGGAUUUUAGAGUUGUAUAAGGUAAAUGCAACUCUGAGAUCCUUUUUAAGCUCAUGCAUGGGGCAGUGGACUACAGUCCUUCGGCAGCCAGGUGGUAGUGAGAGUUCUCCUGAUCCAUUGAACUUCAUAAGGAUUGAGCGAGGCAUUUUCCAGGGUGACAGUUUGAGUCCCUUAUGGUUCUGCCUAGCACUGAAUCCUCUUAGCACUCUGUUAAAGGAUUCAGGGCUUGGUUAUCGGCUUCGAAGAGGGGGUGAGGUCAUUAGUCACCUGCUCUACAUGGAUGAUCUCAAGUUGUUCGCACCAAAACGACAAGACCUGGUGAAGUUGCUAAAAACCACACAGGUAUUUAGCAACGCCAUCAGGAUGGAGUUUGGUGUAGACAAGUGUGCGGUCUUACAUGUAGAGCGGGGAAAAGUUGUGAAUUCUCCGAAUUUACAACUUUCUGAGACAAUGACACUCAAAUCUCUCUCCGAAACUGAGACCUAUAAGUAUCUUGGUAUGUCAGAAUCGUUAGGUAUAUCGGUAGAAGACAUAAAAAAAUCGGUGAAAGAACGCUUUUGUAGCCGUCUGACAAAAGUUCUUAAUAGCCUUUUGUCUGGCGGCAACAAAGCAAGAGCUUUCAACGGUUGGGUGAUGCCUCUACUAAUAUACUCAUUCGGCAUACUAAGAUGGACUCAGACUGAGCUUGAUGCCCUGGAUAGGAAGGUACGUCAGCAGCUUACACAACAUCGCAUGUUACAUCCGCGCUCAUCUGUAAUGAGACUGUACAUUCCACGGAAGUGGGGAGGUCGAGGCUUUCUAAAUGCCAAGAACCUCCACAACCGUGAAGUGUGCAAUCUCAGGGAUUAUUUCCUUACCAAUGAGUGCGGAAUGCAUCGCGAUGUUGUGGCAGUUGACAAAGGCCUCACGCCGCUCUCCUUGGCGAACGAGAACUGGCGCAAGCCAAAGGUACUGAGCGUCGCGGAUCGGAAGGACGUAUGGAAGAGCAAGGAGCUGCACGGGAGGUUCUAUCGGACCCUAACAGGUCCCGAUGUGGACCUCCUCGCCUCGGUGAACUGGCUACGCUUCGGUGACCUCUUCGGGGAAACCGAGGGUUUUGCUUGUGCAAUUGCUGACGAGGUAAUGAUGACGAACAACUAUCGAAAAUAUAUCCUGAAAGACGGUACGGUCGACAUUUGUCGAGCAUGCCACCGUCCCGGAGAGUCACUCAGGCAUAUAAUUUCUGGUUGUUCGCAUCUUGCUAACGGUGAGUAUUUGCACAGGCAUAACCUAGUAGCCAGAAUCAUCCACCAGCAACUUGCUCUUCAGUACGGCCUUCUUGAAUCUGAGUCGCCAUAUUACCAGUACCAGUCGGUGCCAGUUCUUGAAAAUGGUCAUGCAUUGCUCUAUUGGGAUCGGUCUAUCAUCACAGACAGGACUAUUGUCUGUAAUAAACCUGAUAUUGUGGUGGUUGAUCGAUCCCAACGUCGGGCAGUGCUCGUUGACAUCACCAUCCCGCAUGACGAAAACCUCGUGAAGGCCGAAAAGGAAAAACAAAGCAAAUACCUUGACUUGGCCCACGAGAUCGCAGAAGACAGACACUGCCUUUGCAAUCUGUUUGAUGUCACGCUACUUCCCGCCACGUCACGUCAUGUCGUCACGCACGACACCGUCGCACCUCGCGCGCCCACUGCCAUCUUGAAUCGCGCUCACUUCCCGCCACGUCACGUCACGCUACGUGUCACGCACGACACCGCGUUACUCGUCGCAUCCGAGGCGUCCGGACUAAGGCGGCUUGCCAAGCUGCCGGCGUAUAAGCAUUAG